UUUUCUGUUACAUUUCCGGUUGGGACAGCUUUUUCCGGUCCCGGUACAACACCAUGACAUGAUAGUCACAAAACUCGGAUUAUACAUAAUCGAAUGAUUCGACACACUUUCAUUCUGUUUCUUUGUGUUGUCAGGUAUCUAAAGUAAUUGAAGGGUAAGAGAAACUGUGGAAAUGAGGUGGCUAGUUUGCAGCUGAAUGGGACAAGAUUCAGGAGGCAGAUUGCGAGAUCACAGUUCUUUGGCUGAAAAAUAGCAAAGUUAGCAGUGAACUCUAAGAUAAACAGUUUAAAGUACCUUUCAAAUUUGUUAUGGCAACCUCGUCAGAGGAAGUCUUACUGAUCGUAAAGAAGGUACAUCAUAAAAAACAGAAUGGGGCAUUGUAUCUAAUGGCAGAACGAAUUGCAUGGGCAUCUGAUGGAAAAGACCGAUUUGCUGUUAGCCACAUGUACACUGACAUAAAAUGUCAGAAGAUUAGCCCUGAUGGGAAGGCAAAAAUUCAACUGCAACUUGUCCUGCAUACAGGUGAAACCACCAAUUUCCAUUUUACCAAUGAAAGCAGUGCUAUUAAGGAGCGUGAUACAGUCAAGGAUCUUCUACAGCAGUUGCUGCUUAAAUUUAAAAGGAAGGCUAACAAAGAGCUGGAAGAAAAGAACAGGAUGCUUCAGGAAGAUCCUGUAUUAUUUCAGCUAUACAAGGAUCUUGUUGUAAGUCAGGUGAUCAGUGCAGAAGAAUUCUGGGCCAACCGUCUGAGUAUGAAUGCAGUUGACAGUGCUGUGUCCUCUAACAAGCAAGAUGUUGGGAUAUCUGCUGCCUUUUUGGCUGACGUCAGACCACAGACGGAUGGGUGUAAUGGUCUGAGAUACAAUUUAACCUCUGAUAUUAUAGAGUCUGUAUUCAGAACAUACCCUGCAGUAAAGCAAAAGUAUGCAGAAAAUGUUCCACAUAAUAUGACAGAGAAAGAGUUCUGGACACGUUUCUUCCAAUCGCAUUAUUUCCACAGAGAUCGGAUCAGUACUGGAUCAAAGGACCUCUUUGCUGAAUGUGCAAAAAUAGAUGAAAAAGGAUUAAAAUCGAUGGUCUGCCAAGGGGUGAAGAAUCCUUUAGUUGAUUUAACUGCACUGGAAGACAAAGCACUUGAUGAGGGUUAUGGAAUUUCUUCUGCACCUUCUACUUCCAACUUGAAAUCUGUAAAGGAAAAUAGCAAUGCGGCCAUUAUUAAACGUUUUAACCACCACAGCGCCAUGGUACUUGCUGCUGGUCUCAGAAAACAGGAGACACACAAUGAUGUGUGCAGUGAAACUGGCAGUACAGAUGGAAACUCAAGGGAUUCAGACUGCUUCCAGCCCCCAAUAAAAAAGGUUAAACUACAAGAAGCCAUAGAAUAUGAAGACUUGGAGAAAAAUAGCGGGAGGAGAACUAUUGCACUGAAUCUGAAAAAAUCAGACCGGUAUUUUCAUGGUCCAACACCAGUACAGUCCCAGCACUAUGCAAGCAGCCAGGACAUCAUCAACUCACUCAAUUGUAUUAGACAAGAAGUUGCCAGCUACAUUCCACAACUCACUCAGGUUCUCUCAAGCAGUGCUGCUAGCAGUGCCAUUUCUGCCUUGUCUCCUGGUGGGCUACUUAUGCAAGGAGGAAUACAGCAAGCCAUAAAUCAAAUGGUGCCAAACGAUAUUCAAAUUGAACUGAGACAUCUUUAUGUUGCAGUUGGGGAGCUUCUCAGGCAUUUUUGGACCUGUUUUCCUGUAAAUACACCAUUUCUAGAAGAGAAGGUGGUUAAAAUGAAGAUCAAUCUUGAAAGGUUUCAGAUAACAAAGCUUCACCCUUUCAAAGAGAAGUUACAGCUGCAGUAUUUAAGUACAAAUUUAACAAGUCACAUAGAGGAAAUGCUUCAAACAGCCUAUAGCAAGUUCCACAUGUGGCAGUCAAAGAGAAUGCUGAGAAAAACGUGAAGAGGUGCUAAUGCUAAUUCUGGAGGUUUCGGAAUGAAUAACGAGAACUUGGGGAGAAUAUAAGCAGCACCUGGCUGACCAGGCACAAUGAGGCAGGACCUUUUGUGUUCUGUGGAGUUGUGGACCUAAUGUAUUGAACUUGCACAUUUUGGCAGGCGUUUCAAAUCCAGCUUAUACCAGAAAGUUCCAAGUUGUGAGGAACAGACCAAAAUCAGAGUCAGGUGGUUGAAGACACUGUUUAUUGCAGUUACUCAGGAACUGCUUUGAAACUGCAUAUAGAGCUGCUUUUAAAAUGAAGAGAGUAAAACUUUCUUUAAAAACGAUUUCUUUGUAGAUUCAUACAUUUUGUUCAUUGUGUAUUUUUUUUUAAGAAAACGGCACAGUAUAAUAAAAUUUUCUGUACUUGAUCCUUCUGUUUUGUUGGAUCUUAUUUGUAUUAAACCAUGGAAGAGAGCUUAUUUUAAAUAAUGAAUGAUAAGAGAAAUAAAAAAAAGAAUGACAGGGUAUGCUGUUGGCAAUCUGGCUUCUUUCAGACAUUUCCCUAGAUGGUCUGGGAAUUGAAAAUGUUGCACUAAGAGGUUUUCUCGGCUUGUAAUAAUGUAUCUUGUUGCACUUUUUCAGGCAGUCUUUUUUUAAAGGUUUAUUUCCUGUUGAACUUGGAGUAUAUACUUUAUGAUCACAGGAAAGGCCCACUGAGGGCUUGAAAGAAGACAUUAAGGUCAGGUAACUCAAUAAUGGACUGUUAAAUGUGAACAGAUAUUUUAUGUCAGCAUGCAACCAAAUAGGGAAGAAAAAUACAUAUUUUAAAUGUUCCUACUGUAAAACAUUUGUUUUCACUUGGUCAUCACAUAAAAGUUAUCUACAAGUGAUAGUCAUGUGUGAUAGAACUUAAAAAAGGUGGGCUAGUGUGCAGCAGUGUUGUAAUGCUUAGAUUGAAACAUUUAAAUCCUUUGUUUCUGAGUACAUGUGCCAUACUUGUAAAAUAGUUUCUGUAUUAAGAACGUGUAGCUAUGUUUACAUGGGACUCACAUUCUAACUUAAACUUAUUGACACAUAAGUAAAUGUAUUUUGUUAAACAGAAAGACUGUUUGAAGAACCAAAGCUUCAACCCUAUACAUACACAUACUGUUGUACUGUUAACACCGGUACUUAUUGUUAAAGACUAAAAUGUUUUCCAGGUUAUCAUGCAAGAGAACAGUAACUGGACAUUUCACCUGUACAUAUAAACUAGUAUUUUUUUUCCUGCUGACUUACAUUUUUAUACUUGUCUGUUUGCUAUACAUGUAUAUAGUGUCCCCUUUGCAAUAAAAUUACCUUAUUGCUCUGAA